AUGGAUACUAUAUUUGGAGGAUUUGAGGAUCUAGUUGUUCCCAGAGCUACAGAGCAUCUCGGUCAAACAGAUCUUUCUUUCGGUGGAAAAUUAUUACCAGCGUUGAAAAUUUGCGAAGACGGUGGUGAAAGCGGUUGCGGCGGUAAAGUCUGGAUCGCUGGGGAACUCUUGUGUGAGUAUAUACUCGAGAAAUCACUUCAUCAUCUGUUGAGUGAAGCGACCCAUGGCAGGAGACAGUUCAAGAAAGUCCUGGAACUGGGUAGUGGUACAGGCUUAGUUGGAUUAUGCGUGGGAUUGUUGGAAAAAAACACGUUCCAUGAUGGGAGUAAAGUGUAUGUCACAGAUAUUGACAAACUAGUACCCUUGUUGGAACGAAAUAUAGAACUGGACAAGGUUCAGUAUGAGGUUCUUGCGAGAGAGCUUUGGUGGGGGGAGCCGUUAUCAGUGGAUUUUUCACCUCAAGAAGGUGAUUUGCAAACUAAUAACGUUGAUCUGGUUUUGGCCGCUGAUUGUGUGUACCUCGAGAAAGCUUUCCCACUGCUUGAAAGAACGUUGCUUGAUCUCACUAACUGUAUAUCCCCACCUGUAAUCUUGAUGGCUUACAAGAAAAGAAGGAAGGCCGAUAAGCAUUUUUUCAGCAAGAUUAAAAGAAACUUUGACGUUCUUGAAAUUACAGAUUUUAGUAAAUUUGACCAUUAUCUUAAACAGAGAACCCACUUGUUUCAACUUAUCAGAAAGCACACAGUGUGA